AUGAACCAACAACAACCCUCGUCCAAUGGCUCGACUUAUGCCUCGACUCUGACCACGCGACCUGGAGAGUUGAGCUUGACCGAAACGGAGAUAUACGAAUCUUUCAAUCAACCCGAUGUCAUCGAGGCAGCAAUGAAACGUAUCAAUGCCAUGGCUGAUCAGCUUACCGACGAUGGCGAGACAGUGGAUGCAUUGGCAUCGGACCUGGGGUUGUGUAGCCCUUUCUCCUCUCAGGUCGACUCUCAACAGUCGAAUACGAAAGGUCACUAG